AUGAAGCUGAAUGACUUUCUUCGUGGGCAUCUUGGUGGUAGAGGUGUAGAGGAAGUGAAUGAGGAUGUCAGUAUGGAAGCGUUUGCCGUCAGACCCAACAGAUAUAUAAAAGACGAGAGGCUGGUUACCGACAUACUUGCGAUGUUGACAUUCAAGGCAAUAGUAGAGGAAAUGCAACUGCAAAACAAAGGUGUGUAUUCUCUCCAGCAGUGGGACGUGUAUGAUAAAAAGGAACAAGUUAUCCCUUUCGUGAGAGGACUGUUAAAUGCAGCCCUCAGCAUUGCGAAGAAUAAAUCACCGUUAUUGAAUGGUGAAGUGAUGAUGGGGGUCUACGAGUCUGUGUUGAAUGCUACAUGGAGCCAUGUGGUGAAAGUCCCUGGUGACAGUGAAGGAGUCGGAAUGGAGGUGAGGAAAGGCAAGCCGUCGAGGGAGUGGACAGACGAAGAGGUGGGCCAUCUUCUUCCUGGUGGUGCAAGCAAGGGGAAGAACAAAGAGAGCACCAGCGCAGAGGGGGUGGCGGAUCCGCAGGAGCUAUGUGUUGAGUUAAUGGUACUCCAUUCUGAAAAAGGGUGGCCGUACACGUGGUUAAUGGCAGAAGCCAGGUGCCACUGCCACAUCGGCCGCGAGACGGAACGUAUUUGGCGCAUCGUUAAGCGUGAUGUAGACGAAUGGUUUGCGUGUCGUGGUGGAGAUGUUGCGGGGCCGGAAAAGCGUCUUUUGAUUGGGACACCUGGUAUAGGGAAGUCAAUGGGAGCUGGCUCGUAUCUCCUCUACCAACUGUUGCACUAUGACAAGGAACGACUUCCUUUUGUUGCAUACUUCAUUGCAGAUUACGUGUAUAUCUUUGACAAGACUAGAGGUGAGGGACAAGGACGCGUGGAGUACUACGAUAACCUCGAAGAGGGAAGGCGUGCUGUGUUACGUCUCUCUCAUACUGUGAGGGGAUACAUAAUCUAUGAUGUGGCAAAACAAGGAAGUGAACCGUCAGUGGAUCUACCUCCAAAAGGAUGGGGUAUGGUUGUUGUGACUUCCCCGAACGAGGUGAACUUCAAAGGAUGGGAGAAGCAGCGGGAAGCCCUGCGUGUCAUAAUAGAUUGCCCUAGCAUGAGUGAACUGAAGGCGAUGAGUCUGUGGAUACACCGCGAUAAGCCAGAGGAGGAGCAGGAGAAAGAGUGGAAGGUUGUGGAAAAGCGUAUAAGCAAUGUGGGACCGAUUCCCCGUCACAUUUUUUGUAGUGAAAUUAAAUAUAAUGGUCGUCUGAAGGCGGUUGAAGCGGCGUUGACCCGUAUCACACCAUCCAAUGCCGACCUAUACUUUGGAGUGCACAAAG